ACGAGCCCAACCCUCUUGUAGCUAAGCUCUGUGGUCAGUGUGGUGACUAAGCAGAAAAAUGGCUAGCCACAGCAACCAGCAAGAGGAACAGAGAGUUUUUGUGAUUCGCCAUGGGGAGAGGAUAGAUCAUGUGGACUACAGCUGGGUUGGUAAGUCUGACCGACCUUAUGAUCCUCCACUGACUGAGCAGGGGGUGAGAGAGGCCAAAGACGCUGGCUGUAUGCUCAAAGAAAGGUCCACACUGGAACUGCAGACCUGUCUACUGAGUUCUCUUUCAAGCAGCAACACAUUGGCAUGGGGUCCCAUUUAUUUUCAGGACAUUGUCAUAAACACUGUGAUAUCCUCUCCAUUUCUGCGCUGUCUACAAACGGCCCAACACAUUUGUGAUGGCCUACAACUCCCUGGAAUAAUGACUUGCAAUGGAAUUGUUGAUGUCCUUACUCCUAGUUUCGGAAUACUUCAGCAGCCUGUGGUACCUGCCGACAAUAUAGCUGAGCUAGGAAUCAAGGUUCUCACCUUCCAUCAGGAGCCUAUACCAACGUUUCCUGAAUACUUCAGAGAUGGAAUGAAAAGGUACAGUGCUGAAAUCAACAAGCUUGCGGAUGAGCACUGGCCCAAAAACAUUGUCAUAGUAACUCACAUGUUUUGUGUAACUCAAGCUAUAGCCUUAACUGGUGAUCAAGUAUCGUUUACGGACUACUGUGGAUAUGUGGAGAUGUCUAGAUCCUCAAAGCAAAAGUAUGACUGGAAAAAAGUGAAAACUUUUGGUAUUGAAGAGUAGACUAGCUUUUAUACAAUGACUAUGCAUGCUUUUUGGUUUUCAUAAUUGCAGUCAGGUCAUGCAUGUGGUUUUAUGUAAUAAUUAUAGACUGUUCAUCGACACAAUUAUUAUACGUGUAGUCAUUGUCGUUACCACCGGUA